UAAUUGCGGCAAUGUUCGAUAACGCUAGGAAGUUUAUUGAGCUGAAGGACUCGUUCGGACAGAACUCGCUCAUCCUUCAGUCCCUGAGCAGCCAAGCAUGCGAUCUUGUGGAUGGAGCCAUGCCUGGAUGGAUGCCCACCUGGACUCCCACUGACGAGGAGAAAAACUGUGACAUCCCCAAGGAUGCCUUUUACUGUCAGGUGUACAAGCAGCAUCCUGCGAACACCAACACUCCUGGCAUUAUUCCGUCCUGUUAAUUGAUGAAGAUAUUUGGAUCGGGAGUGCUGUUGUCUUGCUCCGAGAGACCGUAGUAUUUGAUUCAACUAGGUUGUUGAAGAAUGAAUUUACAUAUUCA